CCAGGAAACCCUACACGGGUGUUCUACCAGUUGCAGCACGGUGGCCACAAUCUGCACUUCAACCUCACCCUCAACCCACACCUGCUGGCUCCUGGCUUCCUGACUGAGCGAAGGUACGGUGGCAUGGAGGGGGCCAAAAUACGCAGCCAUGGCCCUUCGCUGUGCCACUUUAUCGACGUGUGGGACCAGGCAACCAUCAAGGGGAGGGCGGCUAUAAGCACUUGUGACGGCCUGACUGGGCUGUUCAAGCUGUCCCAGGAGGAGUUCUUUAUCCGGCCAUUGGAGCGGUCCAGUGAUGAGUUGACGGCACCACAAGUCCACAUUAUUUACAAGCGCCACACCUCCACCCAAAGCCAGUUGGUACAGCCCAUCUCUGGAGACCAUACCACCAACGGUACCUGUGGGGUUAAAGAAUAUCCUCGUGUGGAGAGGCAACGGGAGCGCUGGGAGAGACGCCAGCGGAGGAAGAGGAUACGCCAGCGUUCCAUCAGCAGGGAGAAGUGGGUGGAAACGCUGGUGGUGGCAGAUUCCAAGAUGGUGGAGUACCACGGCACCAAGGGCGUGGAGAGCUACGUACUGGCUGUCAUGAACAUCGUGUCGGGGUUGUUUCAUGAUGCCAGCAUUGGAAACCCUAUCAACAUCGUAGUGGUUCGUCUGAUCCUGCUGGAGAAGGAAGAGGAAGACCUGAAGAUCACUCACCACGCUGACAACAGCCUGAGCAGCUUCUGUAAGUGGCAGAAACGGCUUAACGUGAAGGGAGAAGAACACGCGGUCCAUCACGACGUGGCCGUCCUUCUCACCAGAAAGGACAUCUGUACGGCCAUCAAUAAGCCCUGUGAGACCCUGGGCCUGUCUCAUGUGGCAGGAAUGUGUCAGCCCCACCGCAGCUGCAGCAUCAGUGAGGACACAGGCCUGCCGCUGGCCUUCACCGUCACCCACGAGCUCGGGCACAA